AUGACGCCCGAUCCAGAGCUGCCUCCGGUUGAAGACGAGGAAGCGGGCGUCAUGGGACUCAUGGAAAUUGACCCCUCACCUAUUGAAGAAGAGCCACUGCAGUACAAGGAAAGCAGUUACUUCGCCUCACGAGGCAGUCCAAACAACGACAGCGAAGAAGCAAGAGGAAUACGGCGAAUGAACACCCUGGGUCUACGAUUAGGCGACCAUGGACCAGCCUGGUGGCUCCUACGUAUCCAAAAAUACUCCUCCUACGCAUUCACCCUCUUCUCAGCCUUCCACAUAGCAAACACAUCCCUCAUCCCUCUCGCCACCCGCUCUGUCCCACAGGCAAACCGCUACCUACUCCUCACGAGGCCCUACUACCAAUCAACCCUCACUGAGCCUCUACUCGUCGCCCUCCCCCUCGCCGCACAUAUCACCUCGGGCAUUGCUCUGCGGCUAUACCGCCGGCGUCAAGCCCUCCGCCGCUAUGGAGCAGAGACCCGAACAGAUAAACGAACAAUUCCCUGGCCGGCGCUGAGUGGCACCAGUAUAUUGGGUUAUGCACUGGUCCCAUUUGCAGGGUUUCAUAUUUGGACUACGAGGCUGUUGCCAUUGUAUGCACAUGGUGAUUCGAGUCUGAUCAAUUUAAGCUACAUCAGUCAUGGUUUCGCAUCACAUCCUGUUGUUUCGUUUGCGGGCUUCUCGGCCCUUGUGGGUGUGGGCGUGUUUCAUUUCGUUUGGGGUGCGGCCAAGUGGAUGGGGUGGACGCCUAGUCAGGUGAAGAUUACGGAGGAGCAAAGAGACUUGGUGCGGAAGAGGAGAUGGUAUGUCUUGAAUGGAUUGUCGGCGGGGGUGACGGCAUUGUGGUUGGCGGGUGGCCUGGGCGUUGUGGGAAGGGAUGGGAAGAUGGUGGGCUGGGUCGGCAAGGAGUACGAUGAGUUAUACAAGUACAUCCCGCUCAUUGGGCGGUCAUUUGGGACAUUAUCCAAGUUUCUUAUAAUGGAAUGA